GAGCUGUGACCGCCGCACAGUCAGCAACUGCCUUCGUUAGUACUCCGAGAAAGCCGACUUUGAAUCACAAGACGCAUUGCAAACAUGCACGGAUACCGCACCUACAACAUGGAGAGCCACCAUGCCCACCACGACGCCAGUCCCGUGGACCAGAAGCCCCUGGUCGUGGACCUCUUGGCCACCCAGUACGGCAAGCCCCAGACGCCUCCUCCCUCGCCAAAUGAAUGCCUAUCCAGUCCGGACAACUCCCUGAACGGCAGCCGCGGCUCGGAGAUUCCCGCCGACCCGUCGGUCCGCCGCUACCGCACCGCCUUCACCCGUGACCAGCUGGGUCGCUUGGAGAAGGAGUUCUACAAGGAGAACUACGUGUCCCGUCCCCGCCGCUGCGAACUGGCCGCCCAGCUGAACCUCCCGGAGAGCACAAUCAAGGUGUGGUUCCAGAACCGCCGCAUGAAGGACAAGCGCCAGCGGAUCGCCGUCGCCUGGCCCUACGCAGCCGUCUACUCCGACCCCGCCUUCGCCGCCUCCAUCCUCCAGGCCGCCGCCAACAGCGUGGGCAUGCCCUACCCCCCCUACGCCCCCGCCGCUGCCGCCGCUGCUGCCGCCGCCGCCGCCGUGGCCACCAACCCGAUGAUGGCCACCGGAAUGCCGCCGAUGGGCAUGCCCCAGAUGCCCCAGAUGCCCACCAUGCAGAUGCCCGGACACUCGGGACAUGCCGGCCACCCCUCGCCCUACGGACAAUACCGCUACACGCCCUACCACAUCCCCGCCCGCCCGGCUCCGCCACAUCCCGCUGGCCCUCAUAUGCACCACCCGCACAUGAUGGGAUCCAGCGCCACGGGAUCGUCGUACUCCGCCGGUGCCGCCGGCCUCUUGGGCGCCCUGCCCUCCGGCUCCUGCUACACGGGACUGGGUGUGGGCGUGCCCAAGACCCAGACGCCGCCGCUGGACCUGCAGUCGUCCUCAUCGCCGCACUCCUCCACGCUGUCGCUCUCGCCAGUGGGAUCCGAUCACGCCAAGGUGUUCGACCGCAGUCCAGUGGCUCACUCAGCUUCUUCAGUUCCUGCUCCCGCUCCCGCUCAUGCUCCGCUGACCACCACCAGCCCGCUGCCCGCCCCCGGCCUCCUGAUGCCCAGCGCCAAGCGGCCCGCCUCCGACAUGUCGCCGCCGCCCACGACAACCAUGAUUGCGGAGCCCAAGCCGAAGCUCUUCAAGCCCUACAAGACUGAGGCGUAAGCCCUCGAUUCUCGAUCCUCGAUCCUCGUCCCGAUCCUGCACCUGCUCCUGGUCCUGCUCCCCCAAAGAGAUUGUACAAACUAGCCUUAGUCAGCCAUUCUAUUUAUUCCCGAAGAUUGUACAGAUAGUAGAGUAGCUAAUUGUAGUCAUAAUUAAGGCGCAAAAUCAAAAAUAAAUGCGAAAC